CGGCCCCGGCGCCGCCCUGUCCCAGGCUCCUUUGCGGGUAAACAGACAUGGCCGGCGAGGGAGACCCGCAGGACGCUGCGCACAACAUGGGCAAUCACCUGCCGCUCCUACCUGAGGAUGAGGAAGAAGAUGAAGAAAUUGAAAUGGAAGUUGAAGACCAGGAUGUCAAAGAAGCCAAGAAACCAAACAUCAUAAAUUUUGAUACCAGUCUCCCAACAUCACAUACAUACCUGGGUGCGGACAUGGAGGAGUUUCACGGCAGGACGCUGCACGACGAGGACAGCUGCCCGGUGAUCCCGGUGCUGCCGCAGGUGACGAUGAUCCUGAUCCCGGGGCAGACCCUGCCCCUGCAGCUCUCGCGCCCUCAGGAAGUCAGCAUGGUGCGGAAUCUGAUUCAGAGGGACAGAACCUUCGCGGUUCUGGCUUACAGUAACGCACAGGAAAGGGAAGCACAGUUUGGAACAACAGCGGAGAUAUACGCCUAUCGGGAAGAGCAGGAUUUUGGAAUUGAGAUUGUGAAAGUGAAAGCGAUCGGAAGGCAGAGAUUCAAAGUCCUCGAGCUCAGAACACAGUCAGAUGGAAUCCAGCAAGCUAAAGUGCAGAUUCUUCCUGAAUGUGUGUUGCCUUCAACCAUGUCUGCAGUUCAGUUAGAAUCCCUCAAUAAGUGCCAGAUGUUUCCUUCAAAACCUGUCUCAUGGGAAGACCAGUGUUCAUAUAAAUGGUGGCAGAAAUACCAGAAGAGAAAGUUUCAUUGUGCCAAUUUGACUUCAUGGCCUCGCUGGCUGUAUUCCUUAUAUGACGCUGAAACUUUAAUGGAUAGAAUCAAGAAACAGCUGCGUGAAUGGGAUGAAAAUCUGAAGGAGGAUUCGCUUCCUUCAAAUCCAAUAGAUUUUUCUUACAGAGUAGCUGCUUGUCUUCCUAUUGAUGAUGUAUUAAGAAUUCAGCUCCUUAAAAUUGGUAGUGCUAUCCAACGACUUCGCUGUGAACUAGACAUUAUGAACAAAUGUACAUCUCUUUGCUGUAAACAAUGUCAAGAAACAGAAAUAACAACCAAAAAUGAAAUAUUCAGUUUGUCCCUGUGUGGGCCCAUGGCAGCCUACGUGAACCCUCACGGAUACGUGCACGAGACGCUGACCGUGUACAAGGCCUGCAACUUGAAUCUGAUCGGCCGGCCUUCGACGGAUCACAGCUGGUUUCCUGGGUACGCCUGGACUAUUGCCCAGUGCAGGGUCUGUGCGAGCCAUAUCGGAUGGAAAUUUACAGCCACCAAAAAAGACAUGUCACCUCAAAAAUUCUGGGGUUUGACUCGAUCUGCUCUGUUGCCCACGAUUCCAGACACCGAAGAUGACAUAAGCCCAGACAAAGUAAUACUCUGCUUGUAAACAAACGCAGUAAGGCUACAGCUAUUUAACAAAUCGGUAUUCUAACGUCAGGUCUGCUACUGCUUUUGAUGCACACCUAAGUAAAAAGCAGCGUUACAGGGGAGGUUGAGUUUGUUAGUCAGACAGUAUUUGAAGAUUUAAACUUAAACAUACUAUUGAAAAGGAUGAAAAGGAUGAAAAGCAGUCGCGAACGCUCGGUUUUCAGGACUAGCUGCUUUAGUAGCUUGGUGCCACUAUCCUGAGGACUGUGGUGUCUGGCAGCACGUCACUAGGACAGGAGGACAUCUCUGAAACUCAGGAGCAUGUUUCCUACACAAACCCAUAUCUGAAAUGCCUGUAACUACCCAUAACGUGCGCUUCAUCAUUUGAGCCUAAUACGUGGGACGGGGCGGCGCCCCGCGGUGAGGGUGCCCCGCACAAGCACCUGUUCCCUCCCGACAGAGGCAAGGCGCUGUACAUUAUUUUAAAAGGGCUUUGUUCCUUCUGAUUUCCCUUAGUUUCUCUCAGAUACUGAUUUGUAAAUUUUGAAAAUAUUAAAAAGAGUUAAGAUGUGCAGUUUGAGCCCCCAAAUAAAGUUUCCAUUUCCUAA